UUCACCCGCAAUGUCUCCAUCAGAGGCAGGAUCCUGUCUGGUGUGGUGACCAAGAUGAAGAUGCAAAGGACCAUCGUCAUCCCCUGGGACUACCUGCAUUAUAUUCGAAUAUACAACGGAUUUGAGAAAUGCCACAAGAACAUGUCUGUGCACCUGUCACCCUGCUUCCGAGAUGUCCAGAUUGGAGACAUCAUGACCGUGGGUGAGUGCAGGCCCCUCAGCAAGACAGUGAGGUUCAACGUGCUGAAGGUCACCAAGGCAGCCGGCACCAAGGAGCAAUUCCAGAAGUUCUGA